AUGAAGAGGCAGAACGUGCGGACUCUGUCCCUCAUCGUCUGCACCUUCACCUACCUGCUGGUGGGCGCCGCCGUCUUCGACGCCCUCGAGUCGGACCACGAGAUGCGCGAGGAGGAGAAACUCAAAGCCGAGGAGAUCCGGAUCAAGGGGAAGUACAACAUCAGCGCCGAGGACUACCGGCAGCUGGAGCUGGUGAUCCUGCAGUCGGAGCCGCACCGCGCCGGCGUCCAGUGGAAAUUCGCCGGCUCCUUCUACUUUGCCAUCACGGUCAUCACCACCAUAGGUUAUGGGCACGCGGCCCCGGGCACCGACGCGGGCAAGGCCUUCUGCAUGUUCUACGCGGUGCUGGGCAUCCCGCUGACACUGGUCAUGUUCCAGAGCCUGGGCGAGCGGAUGAACACCUUUGUGCGCUACCUGCUGAAGCGUAUCAAGAGGUGCUGCGGCAUGCGCAACACGGAGGUGUCCAUGGAGAACAUGGUGACCGUGGGCUUCUUCUCCUGCAUGGGGACGCUGUGCAUCGGCGCGGCCGCGUUCUCCCAGUGCGAGGAGUGGAGUUUUUUCCACGCCUAUUACUACUGUUUCAUCACGUUGACUACCAUCGGGUUCGGGGACUACGUGGCCCUGCAGACCAAGGGCGCCCUGCAGAAGAAGCCGCUCUACGUGGCCUUCAGCUUCAUGUACAUCCUGGUGGGGCUGACGGUCAUCGGCGCCUUCCUCAACCUGGUGGUCCUCAGGUUCUUGACCAUGAACAGCGAGGACGAGCGACGGGACGCCGAGGAGAGGGCGUCCCUGGCCGGGAACCGCAACAGCAUGGUCAUCCACAUCCCCGAGGAGGCGCGGCAGGGCCGGCCCCGCUACAAGGCGGACGCGCCGGACCUGCAGUACGUGUGCUCCUGCACCUGCUACCGCCCGCAGGAGUACGGGGGCCGCCCGGCCGCCCAGCAGAACUCCUUCAGCGCCAAGCUCGCCCCCCACUACUUCCACUCCAUCUCGUACAAGAUCGAGGAGAUCUCACCAAGCACGUUGAAAAACAGCCUCUUCCCCUCCCCUAUCAGCUCCACCUCCCCCGGGUUACACAGCUUUACCGACAACCACAGGCUGAUGCGACGGCGGAAGUCCGUUUAGGGUGCGGGGCGUGCCGGGCAGGCGGGAAAAGUCGCUUGUCCUCCUU